CUGGAUUACUACAAGCUCAAUAACGUCAUCGCUGACCACAUGCCAAGUCACCUUGAAAGUUCUGAAGUGGCGUCUCAGUCAAACAGCAAAGCAGUAGACAAAGAGGAGAGGAGCCAGCAUGCCAGGCACUAGACUAGAUGGACACAAGCGGCACCAUUGUACCAGGAGGAGCCCUCACUUUUAAUCACUUUCACAAGAUCGUCAUCUGCCUUCCUCCUGACAUACAUGGACUAAAAUGUCACAAUUCACACAAGGUUAUUAUUAUCUGCAAAAUAUGUUCACAUGAUUAGAUGUAAAUGUAUGCUUUUAACAGCUAUUUAAAUGUAUGUAUGUUUUUGAUGUUACGAUAAACACUCUUUACUUUUCUUAUUGCAAUAAUGCCCGCAUUUGUAUAAAAGGGACUUUUAUGAUGCAAUGUUUAUCAAAUAAUGCAAAUAAUGUAAUAUACACAGUAAAAAAGUGUUUGAAUGUUUUAGGCUGUAUUCGGAAUUGCUCCUUAUCCACGAUAUAUUUCCCUGGAUGGCACUGAUUAGCGCAAAAAAAUUGUGCAAAGCAUCACAUUUUGUAAAAUACACUCAUAUACAAUAAAUUAUAAAUUAUUUAUUUGUUCAGUAUUUAUCACAGAAAGAGGGUGAUCCAGAACAAUGUAAUUAUGCAACAGAGUAAAAAUAGUAAGUCUUUAUAUCUUAAACACUCUACAGUCAAUGAUAAUUAAUGUUAUAAAUGAAUCGUAGUUUUUUUUCCAAAACUGAUUUUUCAUUUGACCCUCAACUAUAGGCCUAUUGUCCACGAGUGAACGAUUCAGAGCACAGCCUAAUAAAAUGAAAGCUUGUGAUACGCCCUUUGUAAGGAACGCAAACGUCAUUUUUCAAUUGUUUAAAAAAUGUGUAUGUCUCAUACAAACGAGAACCUGAAGUCUCAUGGAAGCACGGGGAGAAAAUGCAACAAAAUGUAGGACUGUUCAAAAUCGAACCCCAAAACUCAAAAUCGUGAGGCACUAUUUUGUUGUUUUUUUUUUAUGUUCAUUGUCUUGUAUUAUUAUGCGAAAUGUAUUUAAAUUCAUCUUUUAAUGAAGAAGAAAGAAAGAAAACAGUCAAUACGUGGCACUGCUUUUGUAAUCCUGACGUCAGAGACUGCUUGCUCAUGUGACCCCGUGACAAUGUCCACUUCCGCUGUUUGGUAGCCAUGACAACGGGCUUUUCCGACGGGAUUUAAAUGGCCACGAAGAAGCUCUCCUUCUCGAAAGUGCGCCGAAAGUCUUGGAAAUGUACGGUGUUGUUGGAUAUUCACAAGGUCACAUGUCGUGGCGUGCGGCUGCCCAAGACAGGAGACAUCUACUUUAGAGUUUGCAUGAUGGGCGAGUACAGGAAAACUUCCUGCUUGCCGCCGCGCUUCCCCCUAAACUUUAACCAGCGGCUGGUUUUUGAGAAGACAUACAGCGAUGCUGUUGACCGUCCUGCAGUCGUUGACCUCCUAAGAGCUGACACAACAUCUUUUCAGCUGAUUCAGUCGGUGUCUCCAGAGGGUGAGACCCUUGCCACGAUGAAGCAAAACAGCAGAGACUUCCUGAACCCUGGGCCCAGUCUGAGCGGCGCUGAAGACCCCACGCAGAGAGAUGCACUGAUGAUGGAGCGGUCCUCCAGAUUUCAUGGUGCGUUUCCCACUGUGGAGUUUUCAGUGACGUCGUUCAUCGAGGAGAGUGAUGGGAUGGACGCCUCUCCUAUGAGCGGCCUCGUCGGAGGGAGGCCAUCUUCGACUUGGGCAAGGAAGUCGUCAAGCUACGAAGGACGGUCCGCAUUCAGACGCUCCCCUUCGCCGCCCCCGUGCCGCCAUAUUUCCUGCGAGGCAAAAAAAAAGCCACCAAAACACGCAGUUUGUCUCGAACCGGGCUACCAGCGGCCCACUGUUGCCUCCACGACGCGGGCGCUGUCGCCUUACACCCACCGAAAAAUGUGCCAGCUCUCCCUGGAUGCUGAGCAAAGGCUUCGACACCUGCGGCUCGGACCGCACCACUUCAGGAAGGAGACGGAGAGCCUCCCUCCAUUCCUGGUUCCGACGCGUAGUAGUCAGAUGGAUGCCUACUCGCCUCCGCCACAGAGUUACGCGCACUGCUGCCACACAGUCAGCCUCUCGGAUGACGACUUGGAUUUUCUCCUUGACACUCACUACAGACCGAGAGCAUCCCGAAUGCGGUCAGUUCGCGCGUGGUCGUCUCCCGGGCCGCCAUUCAGACGCGAUGAGCUGAGCCAAAGUCCUCAUCGAGGCUCCGCUGUGUCAAAGAGGAGAGGCCCCGUGACUACCAAGCACUCCCUCAGGGAAAGCCUGCAAGCCAAUGAUCCCAGUCCAUCCUACUGGGAGCAGAUCCACAGCAGAGUCCAGAAGAUUCUUCUGACACACAGAGUCCCCUUUGACAUCGACUGACCUUCUGGACGCAAACGGAGUGAACUGAAUAGGCAUCACGUUAGCGCUGAAAGUACACGCUGACAUACAUUGGUGCGUAAAGGAUUCCUGGUCGACAAGAGAAGCGUCUCUUCCCCGCAGUCGUCAUCGUCUUCAUCGGCCACCUCAUCCACAAACUCCUCC